AUGCGCAUCUUGUCUUGGAAUAUCAAUGGCAUCAGGACGCUGCCCAAAUACCAUCCGUGGAACACCUUCAAGACAUGCGAGGGUAUUCUUGACGAGAUCAAUGCCGACAUCAUAUGCUUCCAAGAGAUGAAGUCCUCGCGGGCCAAUCUGCCCCGAGACGUUGCCCUCCCAGGUCCAUACCAUUCCUUCUUUUCCUUCCCAACAAGCAAGGGCGGCUACAGCGGCGUCGCCGUCUACGUCGACUCCCGCAAGCUCACCCCCCUCAAGGCGGAAGAAGGCCUCUCGGGCAAGCUCCAGCCCAACCCCCCUCUCUCCGCCGACGAGCGCAUCUCUCCGUCCUACCCCUCCCCGCACGACGUCGACCUCUACGCAGACGAAGAGGGCGCCGUGCCCGCCUCAUUCGACGCGCUCGACAGCGAGGGCCGCGCGCUCGUGCUCGACUUCGGGCUCUUCGUGCUCGUCAACGUCUACUGCCCCGCCGAGACCUCCGACGAGCGCCUCCCGUUCAAGAUGAACUUUCACCUGCUGCUGCAGGAGCGCGUCCGGCGGCUCGUCGAGGACGAGCGACGCGAGGUCGUCGUCCUCGGGGACAUCAACGUGUGCGCCGCGCCCAUCGACCACUGCGACGGCCACCUGCCGAGCACCGUCGCCGCGUUCUACGACCACCCUGCGCGCGCGUGGUUCCGCAGGUGGAUUGGGCCCGACGGCCCGCUGACGGACGUCAUACGGCAGUGCCACCCCGACCGCAAGGGGCUCUUCACGUGCUGGGACACGCGCACACAGGCGCGGGAGACGAACUACGGCGCGCGCAUCGACUACGUGCUCGUCACCCGGGGCCUCCUCCCGUGGAUCGCCGCCGGGGACAUCCAGCCCGCGCUCAGGGGCUCCGACCACUGCCCCGUGUACGUCGACCUGCGCGACGAGAUCACGCUCGCGUCGGGGGAGACGAUCGCGCUGCGCGACGCGAUGAAGCAGACGCCGGGCCUGCGGGACCCGCCGCGGACGGCGGCGAGGUAUUGGGACGAGUUCGCGGGCAGGCAGAUGGUGCUCUCCGCCUUCUUUGGUAAAGGCGCCGCGGCGAAGACGAAGACGAAGACAGAAACGGACGGGGACACUGCGCGCUCUGCGUCCCCGGCCCCGACUCCUGCUGCCCAGGGUUCCAGCACGUCCGCGGCGGCCGCUACCUCAACCGCAACCUCAACCCCUACCCCAAGCGCGGCCUCCCUCGACGCCGAGCCCGAUCAUACGCCCCUGGCCGAUCCGCCCGCGAAGAAACUGAAGCCGGCACAAGCUCGCCCGCCUUCGCAGCCGACGACGACCACGCACAAACGCAAGGCGUCCGACAACCCGCCCGCGUCCAAGAAGCGCAAGGCAGCCCCCGCCAAGCGCCAGCCGAGCAUCGCGGCCUUCUUCUCGAAGUCCUCCCCGUCCCCGUCCACACCGGCUGCCGCGUCGACUCGACGGCCGCCAGAGGUCAUAGACGUCGACGGCGAGGACGAGGACGAGGACGAGGACGAGGACGAGGACGAGGACGAUGCUGGCUCCUCCACACUACCCCCCUCCGGUCCACCCGUGCCCAGCUCGUCCCAACCCCCCGCCGACGCGGACCGGGACCAGAUCGACGCCGACCACCGCCUGGCCCUCGCGCUCGCCGCGGCCGAAGCCGAAACCCCGCCCGACGACCCCCGCCCCCCGUGCCAGCCGUCGCCCGCGUCCUCCCAGCCCCCCUCGCGCAACGACAACGACAACAGCAGCAGCAACACCGAGAAAGACAAAGCCGCCGCGUGGUCCUCGCUCUUCGCGCCCGUCCGGCCCCCCCGCUGCACGGUGCACGACGAGCCCGCGCGGCUGUACACGGUGAACAAGCCCGGCCCGAAUAGGGGCAAGACGUUCUACCUGUGCGCGCGCCCCGUCGGGCCCGGGUACGACAAGGGCCGGGGCGAGCGGCUGCGGGAGGAGGUCGACCACCGGUACCGGUGCAACUACUUCAAGUGGGCGAGCGAGGCGCGGAGGGAGGCGAUCAGGGAGCGGGAGGCGCAGGCGAGGGCGCAGGGGUCUUAG